AUGCGCGAAAAACCUGAGACCUGCUCGCCGAUUAAAAAACGUCAGCGGAGAGACAAGAGGGCAUAUUCCCCUUCACAAUAUGCGCCUCCUUCUAAGACCAAGAAAACCAACUUAUCUUCAAGCCGAGCCAGCAGGAAAAUUCAACGGCGUCAUUUUCAACAGCAUUCAACUGUCACUCAGGAGCCAUCACCUGCUUCAACAGUUGAUCAUCCUCCUACAUCAUCUGCUUCUGGUGAGCUGAAUUAUAACUUUUUAAGUGACUGCAAACCGCAGGGCACUAUUAAUCAAGAGAUUAAUUCACUUGACAUUAAUUCUUCUAAAUUGAAGAUUCAGUUGUUUGAUGAAUUUUUACUUUACCUAUCUAAAAAGGAUGAAUCACCAAAAAAUGUUUGGUCUGGAUUAGCAGAUGUCAGUCAAGUUAAUACCCUUAAUAGUCUGACUGCUGCUAAUUCAACCAUUCAACCGUUCACUAUUAACCCUGAAAAUGGCAGUCGUGAAGAUUCGGAUGAUUGUAUGAAUCUUCUGAAUAGAUUCAUUGGUAUAGCUAAAUAUUUCUGCAUUCCAUUAGCUGUAGAUAAAACUGUCUAUCCUACUACGAAUCUCAAGUUUUUGGGCAUAGAUAUAAAUACAGUAACAAUGGAAUUUAGCAUACCAAUGGAAAAAAUCCAGAAUACUGUUCAACAAUUAACUCGCAUAUCCGGAAAAGAAAAAAUUACGCUUAAACAACUUCAGUCUCUUUUAGGUUCUCUUAAUUUUAUUUCUCGUGUGAUUCCCAUGGGAAGGGUCUUUUCUAAAAGAUUGUAUGCUGCCACAUCAGGACCUUCAAAAGUUGUAUGGAUUUUUGGGGAUGAACUGAUUCAAUUGGCUGAGAGAAGAUCUGCUUUUAGACAUUCUACUGUUAAUUUAGGUUAUUCAGCAGAAUUUUCCAUAAACUGGUUUUCCUUUGCUGACCUUAAAAUUUCUGAUAUCUUCAAGAAUGUCAGCCUUAUAUAUUCAAAAAUGUCGAAACCUGACCUGUUUAUUUUACAUAUUGGCUCGUUUGAUUUGGGAAAAAUCAAAACGCAUUUGUUAAUUUAUGAAUUAAAAGAAUUGUUAUGUAAAAUAUGCUACUUACUUGAUGGUGUUGUACUCGUAUUUUCUGACAUCAUCCCAAAAUUUUCUUGGUUCAAUUCUGAGUUAUCCUUUUUGGAAACAAUUAGGAAAAGAAUUAAUAAAAAAAUGGAGAUUUAUUUGAAGGAAAUUGGUCAUGGCAAUUACAGACAUAUGGAAUUAGAAGGAUUCGUUAGAGGACUUUACCAAGAAAAGGAUGAUCAGCUUUCUGAUAUUGGAUGUGAUAUAUUCAUUUCAGAUUUGCAGAACAUAAUUAAUAAUGGUUUUUAUUAA